GCGAUCCACUUUGCAGUUCAGAGCACUCACGCGUCUUGGGAUUGUAUUUGGAGACAAACAAGGAGAAUUUACCCACAAAUUUCAUGCUACCGAAUUGAACGAAAACUUUUGAUUUUUCCUGUGGAUCAACGCACUGUUCUUUGGAUGCCCGUGUGUAAAGUUAUUAAUCUCCAAAUCAAUUUUAGGCACGAAACCAGAGCACAAAAAGGACUUUUUUCUCCCCAGAACGUUUAAAGAUUUUUACCAGAUUUAUUCUGGUCAAGCAAAGUCUCUUUUAAAAAAACAACAACUCCCUUUUCACGCGUAAAGUUGGACGCAACCCGUUACGCGUAUGAAUCUUCUCGACCCUUACCUGAAGAUGUCGGAGGAACAAGACAAAUGUCUGUCCGAUGCCCCGAGCCCGAGCAUGUCCGAGGAUUCCGCGGGCUCUCCGUGCCCGUCCGGCUCCGGGUCCGAUACCGAGAACACGCGGCCGUCAGAGAACGCGCUUCUCCGAGUUGAAGCGGCUCUGGGCGACUUCAAGAAGGACGAGGACGAUAAGUUCCCCGCUUGCAUACGCGAUGCAGUGUCCCAGGUGCUCAAGGGCUACGACUGGACCUUGGUGCCGAUGCCAGUACGCGUGAAUGGAUCUACCAAGAACAAGCCUCACGUGAAGAGACCGAUGAAUGCCUUCAUGGUUUGGGCUCAGGCUGCACGGAGGAAGCUGGCCGACCAAUACCCGCACCUGCACAACGCAGAGCUCAGCAAAACCUUGGGCAAACUUUGGAGACUUCUUAAUGAAGGCGAGAAGCGGCCGUUUGUGGAGGAGGCUGAGCGGCUCCGCGUGCAGCACAAGAAGGAUCACCCCGAUUACAAGUACCAGCCAAGGCGGAGAAAGUCAGUGAAAAACGGGCAAAGCGAGACCGAGGACGGCAACGAGCAAACCCAUAUUUCUCCCAAUGCCAUCUUUAAAGCGUUGCAGCAGGCAGACUCUCCAGCCUCCAGUUUGGGAGAGGUGCACUCUCCUGGGGAGCACUCAGGUUCCCAAGGACCCCCUACUCCUCCCACUACUCCGAAAACUGAUGUCAGCUCAGGAAAGAUGGACCUAAAGCGGGAAGGGGGUCUAAGAUCCCUCACUGACGGCACCAGCCAGCGUCAACUGAACAUCGACUUCCGUGACGUGGACAUUGGCGAGUUGAGCAGCGACGUCAUCUCUCACAUCGAGACCUUCGACGUCAAUGAGUUCGACCAAUACCUCCCACCGAACGGCCACCCAGGUUCUGUCAGCGGGCCCGGUACACCAGUCGCCUACACUGGCAGCUACAGCAUCAGUGGUGGCGCUCCUGUCAGCCCGUCAACAGGGGCGGCCUGGUUGCCUAAAAGCCAGAACCAGCAAGGACAACAGCAGCAGCACACCCUCACCACCCUGGGGGGCAGCGGAGGCAGCGCCGGCUCUGAGGCAGGUCAAGCUCAGCACAGGACCCAGAUCAAGACGGAGCAGCUGAGCCCGAGCCACUUCAGUGAGCAGCAGGGCUCUCCGCAGCAUGUCACCUAUAGCCCCUUCAACCUGCAGCACUACAGCCCCACAUCAUACCCGGCCAUUUCCAGGGCGCAGCAGUAUGACUUCACCGACCACCAGGGGGGCGCCCCAUCAUUCUACAGCCACGCGGGGGCCGGCCAGGGCUCAGGUCUCUACUCGACUUUCAGCUACAUGAGCAGCCCCAGCCAGAGGCCCAUGUACACUCCAAUUGCCGACAACUCGGGGGUGCCCUCCAUCCCCCAGAGCAGCCCCCAGCACUGGGAGCAGGCACCGGUAUACACUCAGCUCACCAGACCCUGAACUCCCACAACACCAAACAUAUCUGACACACUUGUACAGCCACAAUCAAUAACACGCAUCACAAAACACUUUAUUUGAAGGAGAUGUUCCCAUUUGCUCCAUAUUACAGUGGUAUGAAAAAGUAUCUGAACCUUUUGGAAUUUCUCACAUUUAUGCAUAAAAUCAUCAUGAAAUUUGAUCUGAUCUUUGUCAAAAUCACACAGAUGAAAAAACACUGUCUGCUUUAACUAAACCACCCAAACAUUUAUAGGUUUUCAUAUUUUACUGAGAAUAGUAUGCAAACAAAAAAUAAGUAGGUGAACCACCACAUUUAAUAUUUUAUUGCCCCCCCAUUGGCAGCAAUAACUUCAACCAGACGUUUCCUGUAGCUGCAGAUCAGUCUGGCACAUCGAUCAGGACUAAGCCCAUUCUUCUUGACAAAACUGCUGUAGUUCAGUCAAAUUCCUGGUAUGUCUGGCAUGAAUCGCUGUCUUUUAGGUCAUGCCACAGCAUCUCAAUGGGGUUCACGUCUGGAUUUUGACUUGGCCACUCCAGAACGUGUAUUUUGUUCUUCUGAAACCAUUCUGAAGUUGAUUUACUCCUGUGUUUUGGAUCAUUGUCUUGUUGCAGCAUCCAUCGUCUUUUUAGCUUCAACUGUCUGACAGACGGCCUCAGGUUUUAUCAACUGAUAAACUUUUGAAUUCAUUCUUCCAUUAAUGAUUGCAAGUUGUCCAGGCCCUAAGGCAGCAAAACAGCCUAAAAUCAUGAUGCUCUCUCCACCAUGCCUCACGGUGGGGAUGAUGUGUUGAUGUUAGUGAGCUGUUCCAUUUUUCCAGCUGUGAACCACUCAUCAGUGAUUGGGCACACACCUGACUUAAAUUGUUUGUUAAAAAUGGUUUCAAUUGCUGUUUAAGUCUCUUAAAGCAGAGGGUUCACUUACUUAUUUUCCCCCCUCCUGUCAUUGUUUGCAUGAUAUCCUCAUUAAAAUAUGAAAACCUAUAUGUUUGGGUGGUUUUAGUUAAAGCAGACACUGUUCUUUCAUCUAUGUGAUUUUGACAAAGAUCAGAUCACAUUUUAAGGUGAUGUUAUGCAGAAAUGUGAAAAAUUCCAAAAGGUUCAGAUACUUUUUUAUACCACUGUAUCUCUCUGAAUCAAACACUUGAAGUCAAAGAUGAUGAGAGAAGGACUUUGUGAUUGGCCUCACGCCGUGCCUUGCUAUUGUAUCAAGAUAGAAUCUUUAUAGAUAUAUAUUUUUAGACAGAUGAAAAGACUUGAGAAAGUCCUCUGUGAGGAUUUGAUUGUUCAUAUUUCUGUAGGUAUUUUGUAUGUUUUGUUCUUUCGUCUUCAUACGCUGGCAGUAUAUCACCCACAGGGUUGUUUAUGAAGGUUAUUUUGCUCAUAGAAAAUGAAAAGGCUUAUAUUUUAAUCGGUCCGACAACUAAUGAUAUAUUUCUGUUUGAUUUAUUUGCUGUUGCUUUUUAAACUUUGUAAUUGUGCAGUUUUCAAUUUGCAUUUUAUGAUGGUUUUUCAUGUUAUUUUAUUUUUAUCAUGGUGGAGAGUUCAGAUGAGGGCGACCGCAGCCGUUCCCACCACCCGUGCCUUGUAUUUGGUCCAUUCUCUCUGGCUUUUGUACAUGUGUGCGACUUUAUGCACGUGCGCACGAACAGCUGAGAUUUCACUUACCGUCCAGCAAAGUGUGUUUGAUAGCUGCAGGAAGUCUCCUUUGACCUCUUGAGUACCUCCCACCCUUUCCACGCUGAUAUUGUCUGAUUCCCUCAGCCCUUUCUAGUUUAAAACACUUAUUUAUUUCCUUUAAUUUUAUUGUGAAUGAAUUAUGUUCCAUCCUAGUCUUAUUCUUAUUGUGUUUUUCUCUAAUUAAACAGCAUUUAUCAUCAUUGAUUUUAAACCCAGGAGGUACUAAUACAAAAUGGUACGUGCUGUAAUCAUCUUUGCUUUUUAUCUAUCUUACUUAAAUCUCGAUUUGAAGUAUGUAUUUGCCUUUCUACGUGAGUUGGGGGAGGGACUAUCUUACAAAAUGUGUUAUUUGUGAAUUGUCUUUAAGUUGAACUAAGGCUGAAAGAACUGGAAAAUAUAAGUUAGAUGAUUUUUACAGUGUAUAUGUUUUGCUUUUAUCCUGUAAACUCCAACCCCUGCUCUCAGUAUCAAACUGCCCACCCGAUUCUACUCUUUUGCAAAGUAUUUGUAUUGUCUUUGAAGAAUCUUUUGUAUCUG